UUGGGAUUCCACCUCCAAAAAUUCCCAAUUGUUGCUCGAAGAAAGUUUGCCAUCGCAAUUAAUAGUGAGUGGGUGGGAGAUUUUGGCGCAAAAAAACAUAAAUUUUUAUAAAAAAGUUGAAUUCACAAAUUCUGGUGUAAGCACAAAAUUUUUUACAGUUUCAAAUUACUUGCCGCAGAAAUAUGCAAAGUCUUGAAUUAAAAUUUGAAACUGAUUUUAAGGUCAUUCUGAUCGAAAAUGAUCUGAAACAUGAAAAAAAUUAAGGAAAUCUAAAUCGUUCGACCAAAAAUAUGAAAAUUUGGCUGAAAAGCACUAAAAAUCGUAAAAGUUAGCUUUUGAAAAAUUCUAGAGUUUUUCUGACUAUUCCAAAAACGUGUCAAUUUUAUCUUAAUUUGAAACGAAUUCAAUUUUGAGACUUAGAUCAAUUGUUCAAAAAGAAUUAAUGGAAGCACAUCGGACUAUUCCAGAUAUUCUGCAAAAUUGUUUGAACGAAAAAACGGCGAUUUAUCGCAAUCGAAAAUAAGGAUUGAUGCAUUAUGACUGGUGAUUCAAAUUUUUGUCUGUAGUGACAGGGUGAUGAAUUUGUGGUUGAAGAAUCGAAAAAACGACGAAAAUACGAAAUCAUCGAGCAAUUGGAAAGGCAAAAUGAAAAGUUCGUUUUUCUGGGAAUUUUGGAGGAAAGUAGGGGUGCAACUUCUGUCGAAAAUUUCAACAAUAAUUUCUCAAGCAAAAUUUCGAAGCUGAACACUGUAUCUUCAGAAUUGGAUAGAAAUUUAUUUUUAUUUGGAAUCUGUAAAAACUCUAGAUGAAAACUUCUUUCGAUUAAAAAUCCCAGAAUACAAAAUCACUUCAAUAGCAUUAAUUUGUUAGAAAAAAAAAAAAGUCAUUUCUUCUGUUUAUAUUGUAUUUUCGCAAAUGCAUUAGAAACUAACCCUUUCGAAAAAUCUCAUUUACUUUUUCAGAAAUUGAAUUAUUACUUCAUGAUGCAAAGGAAGUGACAGAAGAGAGAGGGCCAACGUUGGAUUUGCCGAUGAAACAUCGGAAGAAAAAGAAGAAGAGACGACAAAUACGACCAUGCUCACUUCCACCACAACAACCUACCACAAUCGGUAUGAUGAUUGAGGUAAGUUUUAUUUUUUUGCGGAGGACUGACAAAUUUAGGAUUAUAAACAUUUAUUUCGGAGGACUGCUCAAAAUGGAUUUGUCAAAGAAGUAUUUCGUGAAGAAAUUUCAAGAAUUUCGAAGACUUUUUGAUUCUAGGAGCAUGAAAAAUCAAAUCUUCAUAAUUUUUCUCUUAUGAAAUUUCACUGAAAAUUCAAGAAUUGUUGAAUUUUGAGUUUUUUUGAGUUCCAAGCGACAUUCAAAUUUUUAUCACAAAAAGUUUGGAAAUUUUUUUUGACCACGUGGAUUUUCGUGAUAAUAUGUAUAAGAUUUUUUGCUUAAAGUUUCUUCUCAGGAAAUUUUAGAAAACAGAAUUUUCGCAUCUCGUGGAAUUAUGUCUUGGGUGCUCAUAAUAAAAAAGGUUUUAGAAAUUUAAACCUGACGCUUUUUCCUCUGAAAAAAAAGUAUUCCGUUCCCAGCUAAUUUAAUUUUGAAAAUAGCUUCCACAUCCCAGAGUUUUGAGCUGACUAUUCAAAAACGGUAAAUUUUUCUUAAUUUGAAACGAAUUCAAUUUUAGACUUGAAAUUAUUUUUCAAGUGAAAAAAAAAAAUUUUCCACCUUCUCCAAAAUCAUAUCUUUGAGACCAAAUCAAUCGAACAAUUUAUUUUCAUUUUUUUUUAAAAAACACAUUUAUCGCCAAUCGAGACCAAUUUGAUUGAUCUUAUGAAUAGUGAUUAUGAAUUUUUGUCUGUAGCUGACAGGGUGAGUGCCCAAUUUUGUGGUGUCUCAAAUGAAAAAACGAGAAAAUACCCGCAAAAUGUGAAUGAAUCUGGAAACAACAAUCACUUUUUUCCAGGUUCGUUUUGUGUGAAAAUGUUGUAACGGGAACCCCCGGUUCUGCGAAAAUUUCAACAAUAAUUUCUCAAGCAAAAUGUGACCAAGGUCGAAAAUUUUCAGAAGCAAUUUGAUCAAAUGAUAAGAUUUAUCCAUCUUUUGAUUUGCGAAGAAAAAACUCUGUAUGUAUUUUUUUCACCAAAAUCAUUCACCAAUAUUGUCGCAUGCAUUUUUGUGAAUAGAAAAAUUUUAGAAAAGCAUGAACUUGCUAUUUUUCACCAUUCUGUUUUUUCGCAAAUGCAUUGAAACUAACCCUUUCGAGAAAAUUCCACAAUUUUCAGAUUGAGUAUUUUUACUUCAUGACUUGAAAGCGAAUGAAAAACGUAAUGAAUAUGCGAAAAUUGAGUUGAACAAAAAUCAAAAUCGAUUGCAACAAGACAAGAAGCAAAUCGGCGAAUUGUAUUUGUCCGGGAGACUUUGAAGAAUAUGAUGAACGAGUGUACGAAUACACUACAGCUAUGCAUUCUGAAACCUAUAAACGAUUGAUGAUUGCACAUCGGAAUUAUAGCUGCUCAAUACCUAAACACUUUAUUAUCGUUGCUCAAAGAGUCAAAGAAGAUGAAGAAAUAAGAAAAUUGAAAAAGAUAACAACUUCAUAA